GCGGGCGAGGAGUGCAGUCGGUGACCGCGACGCGCUCGCGGCUCUGCAGCUCCAGCUCCCGCGAAGCCUGUUGCUCGCUCCUCCCGGCCGCCGCUUCCCGCCAGGUGCCCAGGAGCUGUCGGCCGGAGGAGCUGCGGCGCGUGGGCAGACCCCCGCCCUCUCCCUCUCCCCGCGCACAGGUGGACCCGAGCGUCUCCGAAAGCGCGGGCGCGGGGAAGCCACCCCGUGCGCCCCGGACCGCGCGCCGAGACCCCGGGCGCCGAGCGGCGAUGAACGCGACCUUCCUGAACCACAGCGGCCUGGAGGCGGCGGGCGGCUUGGGCGGCGGGGCCGCCCUGGGGAACCGCAGCCACGGGCUGGGCACGUGGCUGGGCUGCUGCCCCGGUGGCGCGCCACUGGCCGCCAGCGACGGGGUCCCCGUGGGGCUAGCGCCUGACGAGCGCAGCCUGUGGGUGUCGCGCGUGGCGCAGAUCGCCGUGCUCUGCGUGUUGUCGCUCACCGUGGUCUUCGGCGUUUUCUUCCUGGGCUGCAACCUGCUCAUCAAGUCGGAGAGCAUGAUUAACUUUCUGAUGCAGGAGCGCAGGCCCUCCAAGGACGUGGGCGCCGCCAUCCUGGGGCUGUACUGAGCGCCGCCUCGGCCCGCCCUCGCCAGUGUGGCUGGAAGGAGACGGAGAAGGGAACCCAGGGCCCUCGUCCCCCCUCUCCUGGCGGGCAGCGCGAGAGGCAGCGACGUGCCUCGGGGCGUCAGGGUCCGGGACACUGCGGGACUCCAGACGGCAGCGCGGGAAGGGACUUCCACACCGGGCUGGGUCCUGCGUGCGCUCCAGCGUAGGAGGAUGGGAGGGCAGGCGAUGGGGUUCUUAACUGUUUUUUGGAAGGAAGUUCGGGACAGGGUGGGAGAGAUUGUGGGAUGCAACUUGGGGCUGAGGUCACUCGUGCGGGAGUUUUGUGUGUAUGUAGGUGGAGUGGAGUGGGGGCGAGUUAUGAGCAACGUGGUGGGAGGCGGGGAGAGUUGUUGACGAAUCCGAGCAGCUGAGCUUGCUGGCCUGAUUUUGCUUUAGAAAAGAAAUCUUGUAAUAAAACUACAGCCGUCGGGCAUCCGGCGGCUUCCGCCCGCA